AACACUGCAUUCAUUCAUUGAGCUAUUGAGAAUAGUUAUAUAUCAGACAUAAUUAUUUAUUCAGUUCAAUAAAAAUGUUCGAACCCGUUUGAUUCCUCAGAAGCAACUUGAAGAAUAUAGCAGCGAAUGAGUAGCUUUAGAGUUCGCUCGUCAAAAUGGAAUCGAACGAAAAUAGCAAUAUCAGUGUGCCGGCGGCGUACCUGGAAAUAUCAGACCUUAAAAGAGAGGAGAAUGAAGAAUCGGCAGGUGAAAUUGAUACUUUUACUCAGGCGACAAAUUUGAAUCUACGUAAAGAUGUAGAUGGCAGUGACAAUAGUUGUAACGAACAUUCAAUAAGUGGCGUUAAACGCAAAAUUUUUGAAGAAAAAUCUUUAAAUAUGCAGGAAGACGAUAGGGUGAGUGAUGUCACCAUUGACUCCAAUGUUGUAGUAAAAAGACCAAGGUAUUCAGAAUCACAGUGUGAUGAGUCUAUUGAAAAUUCAAAUGAUAUUGUUGAUGCAAAUAGCUUCCAGAUUAAAGAAGAAACAAACUACACAUUGUAUGUUUGUAAUACUCCUGGAGAAUGGACGUCUCAACAAAUAAUAAAUUUCAUCAAAGAAGAGUGCGGAAUCAAUAUUGCAAGCAUUAAUGAUAGCAGGGCAAGAAAGACAAAUUCAAAUUUUCAAAUAAAACUUAAAUUUCCAACUAAGGAGCAUUCGACCAAAAUUUUCGAUAAGUUGAAGGAGAUGGAGGCUGCAGGCAAACUGACAGUACAUACAGAUGAUGAUAAUAUGGAGGAACCAGCUUAUGAUGUACAAUCUGCCGCGAGUGCACAAAUAGAUGAUAGGGAGUCAAACAGGGCAAAUGAUCCUUCCGAUCCGAGAGCGGACUUUGAACUAGCGAAUGAUGAAAAUUCUUUUUAUAUAAGAGAAGAAUACCUAGAAUCCCUGGGCAUCAAAUUGCCUCUAACAAACUGGGUGACAGUUACUAAUUUUCGAUGUGAUAAGUUGGAGUUGAAGGAAGUGUUCGAACUGGCUGGCAGAGUUCUUGUAUGCUCCGUUUAUUUAACGAUCAAUAAAUACGCCAACAUCAUGUAUAGCCAUCCCCUUGAAGCCGUUCAGGCAAUAUCAAUGCUUAAUGGACAGAAAUUGUUUGGACAGACACUUAAAGUAACGAUGAAUAAUUCCCGAGAUACGAACACGCUUUUACCGAAAGGCUUGGCGGAUAUUGGACCCGGGCUGGGGAAGUACGGGAAAGGACUUCCGGAUUUAGUCGAGCAGUUUAAGCGUUUCGUCAGGGGUCAGAAAUCGUCAAUCGACGCUAACUUGUUUCAUCCAGAUCUCCUAAGGAAUAUUGGGAUUGAUUUAGAACGAGAAACUUCAACGCCGUACGUACGUUCGGCCCCCAGUAAUAGUUCAAGCACGCGUAAUGAUAAUGUAUCUGAUCAGGAGAGCGAUGUAUCGGGGUGCGAAUCGAUUGUGAGGAAUAAUGGGAACCUAUUCGGAGCGAUCGGGCAGAGGAUAUUGCAUGCGAGCACUCCAACACCAGUUACCGUUCAGUUCCAAAGCAAUCGUGUGCCAACGUUUACUCCUGUGAACCAACCAAUGAUAAUCCGAGGAACGAAUAGCACCUUGAUGCCCAUUCCGACUGGAUCCACGCAACGUCCUAGACAUAUUGCACCUAUUUCUAAUCCCUUAACGAUUUACGCCAACUGUCCACCAAUACCUGGCGUUGAUACAUCGAGCUCAGUCAGAGGCUUUAAUAUAAGCGUGAUUAAUUCAAGUGCUAUGCCCGUACACCCUGGUCCGAUUAUAAACCGGGGCCCCAUGCCUAGUCCAAUGGGUCCUAUGAGAAGACCAGCGCCAGUUACUAUCACCCAUCUGUCGGCUGCAAAUCGUUUUCCCGCUCCGUGUCCAAGGAUUGUUGGCCCAAGUACUGGUCCACCGAGGGGUCCAGCGUCGGUUCCUGGACCGAAUCCAAACAUUCAAAUUUCAAGUCAAAUAAGGCCCAAUGGACCAGCUGUGCCAUUGAGGCCAUAUAUGCCCCCCCCACAAACAGUCGGACCUCAUAUUCAAAUGAUCAAAGGCGCUGACGCGGUAACAGUUCAGUUGAGUGGCUUACCACCCUCGACCAACUUCGUCAAUCUCGGACAAACCUUGUCGGAAUUCGGCCACGUCGUGUUUCUCGAGUUCACCACACCCGGCUGCGCUGUUGUGCGAUUUGCGAGCCCGUCUGAUGCCGAUAGAUGCCUUCAGAACUUUAGAAAUAUUCUGGGAUGAAAAUCACUGAUAUGCGAAGGAUUAAUACCGUUGAUCCUGGCUUUCUUCAUAAUUUUGUGUAAGUUAACGAGUACAUUCAUGCCAUUGUACUACAUAUUUGGAUUUACAACAUUGAUCUAUCAUAUAUUUAUAUCAUAUAAUAAUUAAUAU